AUGGCCUCGUCAACCCAGCCUCAAAAGGCUUUCUCGAAGAUUUUCGAUGCGACCCGAGUCUCGAUCAAGAGUGUCUUACGCGACCGCGCCGUGAUUCCUCGGGAUACCAUUGUCCAAGGCCAGCUGCGACAUCCGAAUUCCAAUGCAUUCAAGGAGCACCGUUUCCGAGAGACGGUGCGGUUCCAAAAGGCGCUGAAUUCCGUUUCGCACGGGCGACACAUCUUCGCCUAUCAACACCUUCGCACGAAACAAGUGGUUUAUUCGCUGACCCGACACUUGGAGGAAAACAAUGUCCUUCGUCAACUGGUCUACCAUGGCAAGAAAACCGUGCCGGCCGAACUCCGCCCCGACAUGUGGGCGCCACACUACUCGGUGCAUUUUGGCGACGCCCGUCUCGGAUUGCGAGCGUACCGGCUCCUCCGCGAAUUCUCGAUGCAGCGGCAACUCGCCCCGCCGCCCGAGCUCAUCACAGUGACCGAAGAGUACCUCGCAGCCAGGCGGCCACGCGAACCGGUGGAAGCAGAGGAGUACGAUAAAAAGAACCGAAAACGGAUCGGCCAGUUUAUGCACAAGCGGGAGCGCGCCAAGGUCCUGAUGAACCAGAAGGCCACCUCGAUUGCCGACGUCGCGGCCGUGCUGUCCAUCCAGGAUGAGGAGAUCAAGAACGGGUUACUCGAAAAAGAGUACGAGCGUGGGUACCUGGGCCCGGCGGCGCGGAGAAGGCGCCGCGAGGCCCGACUGCGCGAGCAGAAGAUCGCCGAGGCACAUGCUGCGCGCGUGGCGACCAUGGAGAAGAGCCUGGAGGCGCACAUCACCGAUCAGAUUGACCGCUACCCGCAGCAGCCCGACCAGAUAAAGAUCCUCUGGCAGGAUGUCCACGACGCGAACUACGCCGAGUCUUGGCCUGACCGCGUCGAGCACGGUGAAUUGGCCGCGCGCCGAGGCUUCAUCAUGGGCCCUGAGAAAUUCCGCCGCGGAUCUACCAAUGUCGCCGCCAAGGCCGAGGCCGAGUUCCAGGCGGAGCAAAAAAGGAGUAGAGGGCUCUUGAUGUCUGCAUAG